UGAUCGAGUCUCGCUUGGCUUAGGAUAUAGGCAAUUCUAUGGAUUCGUUUUCAUAGCCUUUCGGUGCUUGAAUUUUACUUUCAUUCUCUUUUAUCUUUUUCUUUUUUCAACUUAUAUCUACGAACAAUGGAAUUGGAACCAAUGGUUCAAAUUUUUACAUAAUUGGCAUCAUGUCCUUAUCCUUGGAUGUUGGAAGAAGGUGCUCUUAGCUUAGACAAAAAGCAAAACCCAAAGUUGCAAUUGCUGACUUCUACUUCUCAUACCCAUAAUUCCUUUCCCCUUCUCACUCCCUCCUCCCUCUCGUUUUUGCUUUAUUUUGACUCCAAAUCUCCCUCAUUUUUUGCCGUUCUUGGGUUGCUGUCGUUUGAAAAACUUUCGCCCGCUUUCUUGAGUUCAUGUGCUGGAGUUGUUUCUUGUUUCCCAUGCUGCAAAUAUGGCUAUAGACGUCUGCACAGAGAUUUCAAGCGCUGGAAUUAGUCCAAGAAUUUCAUUCUCCCAUGAUCUCAACCAAACUGCAGAUGAUGUGUCCAUUGAUCGUAGAUUAGAUUCAUGUUUACUGGAUUCAGAUUUUGAUUUCUGCAUCAGCAGCAGCUUUGUCCAAGAAUUCUCUUCUGCAGAUGAGCUCUUCUCUAAUGGCAAGAUCCUUCCUAUCGAAAUCAAGAAACACUUCGUUUCUACUAAAGAUACUGAUCAACCAAAACCUGUCCCUUCUCCUCGUCCUCUGCAAACUCCUACAGAGAAGAAGCUGCUGAAGGAGUUCUUGUCAAUGAGCAUUGAUGCAGAUGAAAAGCCUGCGUCGAAAUCUUUUUGGCAGUUCAAGAGAAGCAAUAGUCUGAAUUGUGAUAGUUCUCGAAGUAAAGGUCUAAUUCGUUCACUCCAGUUUCUUUCAAGAAGCAACUCUACAGGGUCAGCUCCAAAUCCUACAAAACAAGCGAUGUUCUCCAAGGAAACUCCGAAACCACGUUUGCGAAAACAACAUUCUGUUCCGAGCAGAAAAUCACCGGCGGCAAGUUCAGGGGCAUUCUACUCUUAUAAUUCAGGGCAGAAACCACCUCAAUUAAGGAAAUGUGGGUCUUAUGGCAAUGGAGUUAGAAUUAGUCCUGUCUUGAACAUACCAGCUCCUCACAUUUCCAGAGUAACUGUGAGUCUGUUUGGUUUUGGUUCGCUGUUCUGUAAUGGUAAGGCUAAAAAAAAGAAGAGAUGAUUAUUAAGUUGAGAGUUCCAUUCAUGACUGAAUCUUUUCAAAGUACAGACGUGUUUAGCUGUCU